AUCCGCACAACUCUCCAUUCUCAGUGAGGGCAAUUAAUAAUGCUCAGAAUCCGCCAGCUCCAGAAAAAAAAACAGGAGGAGGCUGAGGCCGCCCAGAUGGCCCAACUGCACGGAAUUUCCCCUGUGGCCACGAACAGAGUCAACUCUGCACAUAUAAGACUUCAGAAGGAUAUAACUGAACUUGACCUCCCCAGGUCCAUAUCGGUGCAGUUUCCCAACCCGGCCGACAUUUCCUACUUUGAAAUCACCAUAAAGCCCGAGCUGGGCUAUUAUCAGCAUGGCCGGUUCAGGUUCGCCGUAUCUGUCAACGAAAACUUCCCCAUUGACCCACCGAAAAUCAAGUGUCUCCAGAGAAUAUAUCACCCCAAUAUCGAUCUUGAGGGAAACAUUUGCUUGAAUAUCUUGAGAGAAGACUGGCUGCCAGCUUUGAACUUGAACUCAGUGAUUAUCGGUCUCAACUUCCUCUUUCUUGAGCCUAACCCCACCGAUCCCUUGAAUAAAACUGCUGCCAACGUAUUGAAGAAGACACCCGAGGUGUUCCGGUCAAACGUACUCAAUUCCAUGAGGGGUCACUAUGUGGACGACGGUUAUUACGAUAAUGUGCUCAGAUGACCCAACAGCAUGUGCAUGCGGCUGACCCAAGUAAUGAAUAUAGCCAAUUUCAGGCACCCCAGAUUUUGUUGCUGUGAAUAAUACCUCAUGUGCUGCCCAGUGAAAUGGGUAGAGUUCCAGGUUCAAUAUGGAGGUUUUGGAGGCUCUUUUAGUAGUGGGCUGUAUGUAAUGAAUACACCAAACCGUAAUUGAAAUUACGCAAUUGAGCAUGCCUGUGGGCUACCACCUGUCGGUAUAAUCCUCAUCAUGGGACUGAUUGGGUGUGAUUUACGUACAUCUAAGAAAAGACAUGGCACUUUAGUAGCACAAUAGGCAGUGUGUGUUUGGGUCGCAACACAGAGUUUAUACAGGUCCAAAUCCCAAAAGUAUUCAGAUGCCAGCACUGAUUGUGCAAAAGUUCAGCUCAUACCAGUUAACCUUCCACCGUCAUCAGUGUUGCUUGAUUGCUUGCACUGAGGUGGUUUUGUGAUUUUUGUAGUCUUAUAAAGCUUAAAAGUGAUUAAAAUAUAUAAAAUUCGCAGAUUCUGGCGC